AUGAGGCCUCUUAGUCUGGAACUUGGAAUAAGAAUUCCUAGACCACUGGGACACGGACCAAGCAGAUUCAUCCCCGAGAAGGAGACAAUUCAAGUGGGAAACGAAGACGCCAUGAUGCACACACUGUUUGCAGAUUCUUUUGCUACACUGGGCCGAUUGGACAAUGUUACCUUGGUGAUGGUUUUCCACCCGCAGUAUCUUGAAAGCUUUCUAAAAACUCAGCACUAUCUACUGCAAAUGGAUGGUCCACUCCCGCUUCAUUACCGACACUACAUCGGGAUAAUGGCUGCAGCACGACAUCAGUGCUCUUACCUUGUUAACCUCCAUGUGAAUGACUUCCUUCAUGUCGGUGGAGAUCCUAAAUGGUUGAAUGGUCUGGAAAAUGCACCUCAAAAACUGCAAAAUUUAGGAGAACUGAACAAAAUGUUGGCUCACAGACCCUGGCUUAUCACCAAGGAACAUAUCGAGCAACUUUUGAAGACUGAAGAGAACAGCUGGUCCCUGGCAGAGCUGAUCCACGCGGUCGUUCUCCUGACACAGUACCACUCCCUUGCUUCCUUCACGUUUGGUUGUGGAAUCAGCCCGGAGAUCGACUGUGAAGGUGGUCACACCUUCAGGCCCCCUUCCGUCAGUAACUAUUGCAUAUGCGAUAUUACAAAUGGUUACCACGGGGCGGAUGAAAUUCAUGCCAGCCCAACUGGAAGUAUUCCAUCUACAGAGUCUGUCUGUGAAGUUAAAGCUCUUAUGGAGAAAAUGAAGCAGCUACAGGAGUGUAGAGAUGAAGAGGAAGCCAGCCAAGAAGAGAUGGCCACACGUUUUGAAAGAGAGAAGAGAGAAAGCAUGUUCGUGUGUUCUUCAGAAGAUGAAGAAUCGGCACCAACAAGAGAUGUGUCUCGUCACUUUGAGGAUACCAGCUAUGGUUACAAAGACUUCUCCAGACAUGGAAUGCACGUGCCCACCUUUCGUGUUCAGGAUUAUUCCUGGGAAGACCAUGGCUAUUCCUUGGUUAAUCGUCUUUACCCAGAUGUGGGACAACUACUUGAUGAGAAGUUUCAUAUUGCUUAUAAUCUGACUUACAACACAAUGGCCAUGCACAAAGAUGUGGAUACCUCAAUGCUAAGACGAGCUAUUUGGAACUAUAUCCAUUGUAUGUUUGGAAUAAGAUACGAUGAUUAUGACUACGGUGAAAUUAAUCAGUUGUUGGAUCGCAGCUUUAAAGUUUAUAUCAAGACUGUGGUUUGCACUCCUGAAAAGACCACAAAAAGAAUGUAUGAUAGCUUCUGGAGGCAGUUUGAACACUCUGAGAAGGUCCAUGUAAAUUUGCUUCUGGUAGAAGCUCGGAUGCAAGCCGAACUACUUUAUGCUCUGAGAGCUAUUACUCGCUAUAUGACCUGAUGUCUCCAGCCGCCUGUCGACGUUGGAAUGUUCUGCAGCUGCAGUAUGGCAGAGGAAGAUUCGAAGCCUCAGGACCAACGGUAGCUAUAAGUUAAGAUGCCCAUUGUGCCAUAACUCCUUUAGUUUCAGCUAUUUCCGUGUUUGGAAUAUCACUGCUGCCACUUGGCAGUGAACGCUUGGCAGUUGACAGGGUUGUGCAGAAGUGCUGCCUGCUCACUGUAUUUUGGCUUUAGACAGCACGGGACACUCUAUGAACUUGUGGCAAUAUAGCAAAUGAUAGAUAUAUAGAUUUUGUGUUAAGGCAAAUACUACGGGAGUUGGAGCGUGAAAAGAAGUGGGACUUGAUGACAUUUGCUUUCCCUAUGAGAAUAAUUUUAGAAAAUCUUGAUGCUGCUAUUUGUGCUGGUGGAGUGAACAGACACAGGCUGUUCCAGUUAAGCUAAAAGUGAAAGUGAGCACUGCUAUUGUCUGAGCCUUUAUUGUGUGUGGUUUCAAAAAAGCCUUGUUAUUUAGAUUUCUUUUUUAAUCAGAACUAAACCUCUUCUGUCCACACUGAUAAUUUGAAAGAUAGCAGUCAAUUUUCUCAAAUAGUUUAGCCUUAAAAUGCUACAGGACAUUUGUUCAGCAUUAUUUGGUGGGCUCCAAGUGCAAUGGUCUUCCUAUGGAAAGAGGAGGACUCGAGUCCUCAGAGCUUUUUAGAGAUCUAACUAUGUGAAGCGGCGAGUAGCUUCUUGUCCUGUUUUUCAAGGAUGAACCGAUACCUGUUCAGGAGCUAGGACAAGGUGUGGGAAUGUUGUUCUAGACUGCCAGCCAGUCCUACUGUAUUACAUGCCCAACGCUGGUCUUACUGAUUUUUGCAGUUGCUUAAAUAACUAGGCUAAAAACCAUCUAUUUUUAGUAAAUCAAAACAUGAUUAAAAUGCUGACGUUUAAUAUACAGUGGUUUUGGAGAACACAUGAAUACUUUUUGUAUGAGUGUGAAUUGCUUUUUAAAUUUGUCAGUAUUAUUGGUAUUUUUUAAAUAAAGGUAACAACUUU